AUGUGCUGUGUCAGUUACAGCGACCCGUCUCCUCCUCUUCCCGCCGAGGAGAAGAGUAAAGAGGAGGAGCAGCGGUGCGGUGCGGCCAUGGAGGUGGAUGCAGAGGCCUCCUACAGCUAUGGCUUCCUCCCUCCAGACAGGCACCAGCCCUAUUAUGCCCCACCUCCUCCUCCACCAGAAGAUGGUGAGCUGUGGGAGUACUUCCCUUGCCCGUUCUGCUACAUCGAGGUCGAAAUGCCCUUCAUCUGCAGCCAUCUGCAGGAGGAACACUGCUUUGACACCAGAAAUGCUGUUUGCCCGAUAUGCGCUGAGAAUCUAGGCAAGGACAUGUCUGCGCAUUUCAGAUUUCAGCACUCCCAUCUUCUCAAGAGGAGGAAGCCUUCGAGGCCCAGCAGCUCACCAUGGCCAGCAGCGGCAGCACCACCUGCAUAUGAUGUGAACCCCUACAUGAUGAGCAGCAGGCCAUGCCAGGACCCUGAGCCUGACCCACUGCUCUCCCAGUUCAUCUGCCGCGGCAGCGACAACCAAACCGAAACCGAGCCAGGAUCGCGCGACGGAGGAAGCCACCGCCACCGCCCGAGCAGCGCUCAUCCGACGGCGGGUGUCCAGAGGCCUGUGAGCCGGCUGGAGCUGGAGGAGAGGCUGCAGAGGAUAGAGUUCCUCAGCGGGAUCAUCACAUCAACCAUUCUUUAG